AUUUUCGCAUUUCACAGCCACCACCAAUCAUGAAGGACAAACAGAGAGUAAUUUCACUGGGACAAAUGAUGUGACAGAAAAAUAUACCGAAACAAAAACUGCCAGAGCGGAUACGCCCACUACACCGCAGAACGAGUUGAGCACUACCACGCACGAACGAAGUUUCAGCACAAUGGCUACUGGAGGUCAAGAAACAAGCGGAACGACGUCCACUACAGUUGGCCCAGAGAGCAACCUGACAUCAACGCCAACCUUGGGAAAUAUUCCCUUUACUGACGAAGGCAUAGGUGGCCAACUGAUUUCUCGUGGAGGCAGCACGCCGGGCCUACCGCCCUUCACGGACGUUGGAAUUGGGGGCACCUUAAUUAUCUAUCCUAGAGGAUCACCAACAAUGUCAUCCGAAAGUUUGGCUUACACUGAUGAAGGUAUCAAGGGUGGCCUCGUAGACCCUAGGUUAAUGUCCCAGUUCACAAGUUGAAUUAAUACGCAACACUGUGCACUGCAUAGGUACGUAUAUAUACAAUCAAUUUAGUUCUUAGUCGUGACACAGGAUGCUUGAAAACAUGAUAUUUAGCUGUCAGCGCACACAAAAUUUUUAGGUGCGAAGACGUUUGCAUUUGCUUCAAUUGCACUGCUGUUUGUUUACGUAGGUAACAAGUUGGCUGCUGGUGGACCUUCGGUGAGCUCUCCAUUUGGGCACAACGUUAGGAAACGAGCUGUACCGUUGCCAUCCGCGUCAAACGUAUCCAUAACGCCUGCAAUAGAGGCACAAAUGGACGCGGAAGAAUCCCCGGUAAUGGUGACGGCGGAAGCAGAUACAUCUGCAAGCGUGGGUCCUACGGACGGUAACACAAAUUCAUCGGAAGAGCAGAACACGACACCGAUCGUAAGCACGGGACCAAAAGGAACGCAAACACCCCCAGGUGCGACGGACGUCCCACAAAUGUCAUCGAGUACUUCAGAAAUGCCUUCCAAGGCCCCAGAAACGUCAGGACCAACGAUAGUAACCACAGAGACGCCUCCGGCAGUCACGUCGAUCGACGAAAAUUCGACAACGCAAGCGGCAGAAACUCCGGGAGGUACGCCCACACCGACAACAGUGCAGGGAGCUAACUUCACAACCAGUAUGCCGACAACAGCAAAGCCAGAAACUAAAACUCCCUUUAUGACUGAGACGCCCACUCAGCCUACCCUUGCGGACACUACUCCAGGAUUGCCUGUCAGUUCAUCGUCUCCGCUUACUGAGGUCCCCACUACACAACCGACUGAAGUCCCCACGACUACGCCAGUUCAGGUUCCCACAACGCCAUCGGUUAUGGUCCCCACGACGCCACCAAUUCAAGUCCCCACAACGCCUCCAGUUCAGGCCUCCACGACGCCACCGGUCGAGGUCCCCACGACACCGCCAGUUCUAGUACUCACGACACCACCGGUUCAGGUCCCCACGACACCGCCAGUUCAAGUACCCACGACACCACCACCUGCACUUACCACGACGCCACCUACUACGAGCACCACGAUACCACCGACCCAAAGUCCCCCUACACUAACGACCCAGAGCCCCACGACACCGCCAACUCAGCGACCCAGUACACCAACAACUCAGAGUCCUCCGUUACCGUCAACUCAGACGCCUACAUCAUUCCCAACUCAGAGGCCUUCGUCACGGUAUCCAAAUCUGCCGUACAUGCCUAAUCCUAUGCGGCUGCCUAUGGGACUCGACGAUUUCAUGGGCAGGAUCGGCGUGACAAAAACUUCCAGUCGACCAGCGAACCUUCCUUCUUUGCCGCGGCCUGUGAGCCCAAUGCCCUUACUAUGACCUCAAAUGAGCCCCCUCUCUUUCUCAUUUCCCUCAAGCUCUCCAUCAUCUUUCACUCUUUGCGCACCUUUUACAAUAAAGAAGUUGGAAACAU